AUGACGACGUCGCCCACUACCCCGAGACCCAGCACCGCACCGCACCCCCAGACGCCGCAGACUAUUCCAGAGGAGGUGAAGACGCCAACGAAGGCCACCUUUGGCAGUGGCAGCGGCGGGUUGGCAUCACAAAAGCCGCUGCCUAGCUCACCAUUUCCGCAGGCUGUCCAGGUCCCCGAGAGUGCCGAAAAGGUCAAGACACCCACGAGAGCAAACUCGCAGCAUUCAAGGAAAUCAAGAGACUCCGAGGACGUCGACAUGGACGAGUCAGAUGGCGAGGCUGGCGAGGAUGGCGCAGGGUCAGACGAUGACAGCGUCAAUGCCGACGGUACUAGGUCCAGCAAGAAGAAGAAGUCGCAGCGAUUUUACUGCACCGACUAUCCACCCUGCAACCUGAGCUUCACGAGAAGCGAGCAUUUGGCGAGACACAUUCGGAAACACACUGGCGAGAGACCAUUCCAGUGCCACUGUUCGCGACGGUUCUCCCGGCUUGACAACCUGCGACAACACGCACAGACGGUGCACGUUAACGAGGACAUCCCGAUCGACUCCCUGGCAGCCACCGGCGCGCGAUUCCAAAGGCAAAUGCGCACCGAGCGCGUACGUCAGCAGGGUGGUAGAGCCCGCUCGUCAACCGCCGGCAGUGCAUCUGGCCCGGUAAGAGGACACUCCAAGUCCCUGUCGACAUCCAGCAUCGCCAGCGUCGGCUCCAUCGGCCCUGCCUUUGGUGGUGUGAGGGAUGACCUUCGCAGGCGGCCCCCUCCCCUGGUCAUGGCCACCGACCCCCGGUCUCGACUUUCCCUUGAGUCGUACCGAAGCGAUGGUCCUUACGGCUACCGCCCUGUAUCGCCGACCGAGUAUGGCACGCCAACUUCCGCAACGUUUUCGACGACUGGGCAGAGCAGUCCGCGAUGGUCUGGCAUUGCGUCUCCUACCACCUCCCACUCUCGUUCCCAGAGCAUGUACUCUUCGGGUUCCAGGACUCCAGGACGUCGUCUCAGCGUUCCCUCGGGUGCAAACCCCUUCCAGUCGCCUCACGGAGGACCGGUCAACCGGGUCAUGUACGGCGGCCCCGUGAACGCCUCCAACAACGGUGCCUACUCCCCGGCCGCAAGCAGCCAUCUGGCCUCUCCCACAACACCGACUUCGGGCUGGUCUGGCCGACGGGACUCGACAUCGUCCAAUGCUGAUGAAGCCUGGCGCCGCCGCACCUGGCACCCUGAUACCAGGAACUUCAACACGAACACCAGCCACCUCAGCAACGUCUUGACGCCCGGCCAGAUCCAGCCAAACCCGGCACCGCCCAUCGCCAAUGUGACAAACCAACAGCAGACCCUGCGACUGCCUGGUAUUGAGUCCUUUGACCCGCUGCCAUCCCGACAGAUUUCGCCGCCGAGGCGCAUUCCGUCUCCCAUGAUGGUUGAUGAAGCCGCUCACCCACCGGCACUUCUUCCGGGAUCCGAUGCGGCUGCCGACGGCCGAAGGAACGUCGCACAGUGGGACAUGGGGCUUCAUCGAGGCCUCACGAGACUGGACAUCACCAACACGACGCCGCCUCGCGAUAGCGCCGGUGCGUGGGCGAAUGAGGUGAACCAGGCGGUGCAGGCACAGGCAGAGCAAGUGCGGCUGAACCCACCGACUGUGCGGUUUGAAGUUGAACCGCCAUCGUACUCAAACUCGAGCGCGUUCACUCGCAACCACCACCACACCAUGUCGAUGCCUUCAAUCGCAUCCAGAGAGACCAAGCGACAUGGUUGGUACCAUGGACCUACCAACAGCCACGUUCAUGGCCCUCGACCCGAGGCACAUAUCCAUGAGCCCCGUGGUCCGCACGUCAACAGAAUGAUCCACCCCAACAUGAACCAUUUCACCGGCUUCCCUGCCAGGCAGGCCGAUCCGCAGCCACCCCAGCAGCAGCAGCCGGGCGCCGAUCGGACUGGCAAUCCUGAUCCCCUGAGGCGUCUGGAGGCGUUGGUUGCCGUCGCCACUAGCGAAGGCACAACCGCCGCGGCCUACUAG